GGCUUGCCAUACGACCUUAGCCAGUUUGUGCGGGGUUGACGAUCGCUAGUAUAUAAAAUGCAACAAAAAAAAUGCAAAACAGAGUGGCGUCAAUAAAACCUAGGAAGCGAUUAGGGUUUUGACGAUUGGAGAAAAAGAUAUGUAGGCAUUUCCAAAAACACCCUUAUCGUUACUUUCUUGGAAUCUCAAAAUAUACCGUUUGUUCGCCGCUAAGUAGUCCUCGACGGCCGGCGUUUCCAUCUUCCUCCUCCUCCCCAUGGGUUCCGUGAAGAGAAAAUCUCUGGAGGAAUCUACUGACUGUGCACCGCCGCAGAAAGUCCAAAGAGAAGAUGAUUCCACGCAGAUCAUCAACGAAGAGCUCGUGGGUUGCGUUCACGACGUUUCCUUCCCUGAAAAUUACGUUCCUACCCCCGCUCAAGCAGACAACAAACCUCCCGCUAAAGAAUUCCCUUUCACCCUUGACUCCUUCCAGUCUGAAGCUAUCAAGUGCCUCGAUAAUGCUGAAUCUGUCAUGGUUUCAGCUCACACAUCUGCUGGUAAAACAGUAGUUGCAUCCUAUGCAAUUGCCAUGUCCUUGAGGGAGAACCAGAGGGUUAUUUACACUUCUCCUAUAAAGGCACUCAGCAAUCAGAAGUACAGAGAUUUUAAGGAAGAGUUUUCUGAUGUUGGUUUGAUGACUGGGGAUGUGACCAUUGAUCCUAACGCCUCCUGUCUGGUCAUGACCACUGAGAUCUUGCGUAGCAUGCAGUAUAAAGGGUCUGAGAUUAUGAGGGAGGUUGCUUGGAUUAUUUUUGAUGAGGUCCAUUACAUGCGUGACAGUGAAAGAGGUGUGGUUUGGGAAGAAAGUAUUGUCAUGGCUCCCAAGAAUUCUCGUUUUGUGUUUCUUUCUGCCACUGUUCCCAAUGCCAAGGAGUUUGCUGAUUGGGUUGCAAAGGUUCACAAACAACCAUGCCAUAUUGUUUACACCGAUUAUCGGCCAACUCCGCUUCAGCACUAUGUCUUUCCUGCCGGAGGGAGUGGCCUUUACUUGGUUGUGGAUGAAAAGGCUAAAUUCCAUGAGGAUAGCUUUCAAAAAUCUCUUAACGCACUCGUUCCUGCUAAUGAUGGUGACAAGAAAAGAGAAAAUGGGAAAUCUCAAAAGGGCUUGAUACUUGGAAAACUUGGUGAAGAAAGUGAUAUCUUCAAAUUGGUGAAAAUGAUUAUUCAGCGCCAGUAUGAUCCCGUGAUUUUGUUCAGUUUCAGCAAAAAGGAAUGCGAGGCACUUGCUAUGCAGAUGUCUAAGAUGGAUUUAAACAGCGACGAUGAGAAAGACUCCGUGGAGACAAUCUUUACUAGUGCAAUCGAUAUGCUUUCAGAUGAUGAUAAGAAGCUACCUCAGGUGUCAAAUAUUUUACCCAUCUUAAAACGUGGUAUCGGCGUUCAUCACUCGGGCUUGCUUCCAAUUUUGAAAGAAGUAAUUGAGAUAUUAUUUCAAGAAGGUCUGAUUAAGUGUUUGUUUGCAACAGAGACAUUUAGUAUUGGAUUGAACAUGCCAGCAAAGACGGUUGUGUUUACAAAUGUACGCAAGUUUGAUGGAGACAAGUUCCGGUGGCUAUCUAGUGGAGAGUACAUUCAAAUGAGUGGUCGCGCUGGACGUCGAGGUAUUGACAAACGAGGUAUCUGCAUCCUCAUGGUUGAUGAGAAAAUGGAACCCGCUGUUGCUAAAUCAAUGCUCAAAGGAAGUGCUGAUUCUUUGAACAGUGCCUUCCAUUUGAGCUAUAACAUGCUUCUAAAUCAGUUGCGGAGUGAAGAUGGUGAUCCUGAGAAUCUUCUCCGCAAUUCUUUCUUUCAGUUUCAAGCUGACCGUGCUAUCCCGGAUAUCGAGAAGCAAAUAAAAGCCCUGCAAGAAGAGAGAGACUCUAUGGUUAUUGAAGAAGAAGAAAGCUUAAGGAAUUACUAUAACCUGAUUUUGCAGUAUAAGAGCCUGAAGAAGGAUAUACGUGAAAUUGUGUUCUCUCCGAAGUACUGUUUACCCUUUUUGCUGCCGAACAGAGCUGUUUGUCUCGAUUGCCCAAAUGAUAAUGGAGAGCAACAAUCAUUCAGCAUUGAAGACCAGGAUGCGUGGGGAGUGAUAAUGAAAUUCAACAAAGUCAAAAGCUUAUCUGAAGAUGAUGAUAAUAGAAGACCAGAGGAUGCAAACUAUACCGUAGAUGUACUGACCAGAUGUUUGGUCAGCAGAGAUGGCGCUGGCAAAAAGAAAAGUAAACCUGUGCCAUUUAAGGAACGUGGUGAUCCCAUUGUCGUCUCUGUACCUUUAUCUCAGAUUAAGAGUUUAAGCAGUGCAAUUAUGAAUAUACCUAAAGACUAUUUACAAUUGGAAGCUCGAGAGAAUGCUCUGAAGAAGGUUUCUGAAUUACUCUCGAGACAUCCUGAUGGAAUACCCCUGGAUCCUGAAGUUGAUAUGAAGAUUCGGAACAGCUCUUACAAAAAGACAGUUCGUCGGCUGGAGGCUCUAGAAAACCUAUUUGAAAAACACAAAGUUGCAAAAUCUCCUCUGAUAGCGCAGAAGCUGAAAGUUCUACACAUGAAGGAAGAGCUAACAGCCAAGAUUAAAUCACUUAAGAAAACUGUGAGACCGAUGGGCAGGAGUGAUUAUACCGGACCGGUGCUUUUGGGCUUUUACUACUAUCGAGCUUUGGACUUCUAUCCCUUUUAUCGUUUUAUCGCUUUUGGGCCUUUGGGCUCCUAUCUAUCGUUUAUGUUAUCUCGUAUUUCGGACUUUCGGUUUAUGUCGUACUUUAUAUUUCGAAUGUUAUCGUUAUUGGGCCUUUAGGCCUUGUGAUAUUGUAUUGACUUUUAUAUUUAUAAAUGGAGAUUUCAUAAACUAUUAUUUAUCGAAUUGUUUUUAUUAUUUCGAAAGUGACGGGUGUCACAGUUUUGGUAUCAGAGCGGGGUUCAAUCCCGGUUCCGUCCGGGAUGGCGGUCAGGGGAUUCGGUUUUCAUCGGUUUUAAACGUUCUUUUUGUUUUAAAAAAAUAUAUUUAUUUAUAUAUUUUGAAAUUCUUUUAGCACCAUUCUGUGCAGUAAUUACUAACUCAAAUGUCUCUUUCUAUGACGAUGAGUAAAAUCAUCGUCAUUCGUCCGUCGACUAGCAGAGUUCUCGCCAAAUGUUCAGCAGUUGGGUGAUAUCCAAGUUCGUCAGUUUUCCCAAGAGUUAUCAGUUCCUUCGGUCAUGAUUUCGAGGUUAUCCUGGAGUGGAUAUGUGACGUUUCUGCCACCAGCCCACUUCAAGCAACCGUUCCACGAGUUUUGUUACUGGAGAUUAUGUGGUGUGUGGUAUGACCAAUUGGUUGGCAUGUGCACGAGUAUAUUGACUAUUGUGGAGGUAUAUUUGUUUUGUGAACUCGUGGAGAUCGCUUUUGAAUUGGGGUGCAGCAGCUUGUGUUGUGUGGAUGUUGGAGUUACACUUUGGUAUGUUUAACAAUUUUGGCACGGUUGAUCUUUUCAGAGAUGUGUCAGUUCGGACAACUGACAUAGGAUAUUGGGAGCUAAUUAUAUUCAUCACAGUGCACCAGUUAUGCUUGGAGGGCCUAUUUGUCUGGAGACUCGUCAGAGAUGAAGCUACAUUUUUACGAUGUCAUCCUUAGGGUGGAUUUGCUGUCAUGGCAUCGAGUAGUGUUGGAUUGCCUGAGGGCACGAGUUCAUAUUGCUGGAGCAGAUGAAAUUUUCAUUGCAUGCAUGCUACAUACUGAGGAGUUAUGGAAUAUAUGAACAUAGAGAUUUUUGGCUACCAUUUCGAUGGUUAAGAACGAUGGACAGCAUGAGCUGCAGGAUCUUCCGGUUUUUGCAGAGUAUGAGGAUAUAUUUGUGACCUUUGGAACGGUCACUACAAGACACAUGGACGCUCUUGCAAAUUGUUUGGAGCAAACAGCACUGGUUUCACGAGUUUAUUAUCAUCUAUCACGAGCAGGGAUGACUGAGUUGAGAAAGCAAUUGGAGAAACUCUUUGAUAAGGGAUUUAUCAGACCGAGUACCUCACCAUGGGGAGCAUUAUUGUUGUUGUAAAGAAGAAAGGUGGGAGUUUCAGAUUUUGUAUCGACUACAUAGACUUGAAGAUGGUAACCAUCGUAUUGAUGAGUUGUUAGAAAAGCUUAAUGGAGGUUCAUCGUUCUCGAAGUUUGUCUUGGCAUCAGGAUACCAUCAGUUUGCUACAGCUGAGGAGUAUGUAUGGAAUGCAGAUUUCCGUUAUGGAUAUUAUGAGUUCGUAGUGAUACCAUUUGGGUCGACAAAGGCACCGUUGCAUUCAUGAAGAUAUGAAUGACGUUUUCGUGAACAGUUGGAUAGGUGUGCGAUUGUAUUCAUCAACGACAUCCUGAACUAUUUUGGAAUAGAAAGGAGAUUUAUAAGCAUUUCGCGGAUUGCGUUGGAUAAGCUUGGAGAGCAUCAGUUGUUCGCUAAGUUGAGGAAUUGUAGCUUCUGGCAGAGGAAUGUUGAAUUUUUGGGAAACAUGGUUUUGGAAGCAGAAUUUUGAUUGAUCCAAAGAAGAUUAAUACCGUUUCGGGGAGGUCGAAACCUAAAAGCACUACAGAGAUCUACCGUCCUUUUUGGGUUAACAAUGUACUACUGGAAGUUCAUCAUGGGUUUCACCGUUAUAGUAAUGUUGAAGACGAGGUCUACAUGUAAAGAUGUUAAGUGUGGUUGGAUAGAUUUUUGUUUGAGGAGUUUACUGAAUUGAAGCACAACUAAUGAAGAUACGAGUUUUGGUUCUACAGAGGCUAAGGCUUACUUUGAUGUGUUAGAUACUGGCUUGAAUUUAAAUCGAGGUAAGAAGAUUAAGUGAUUCUUAUGCAUCACGCCAGAGAGGUUGUAGUGAUAUUUGCGUUACGGCUUUGGAGAUCAUAAUUGAACGAGAAGAAAGUCCAGAUUCUCUGGGAUCAUUAGAAUCUGAAAUUUAUCUUCAUUCGUUAAAGCUUGUACUUGGACAGUGCAAUUGGAUGGAGUUUUUAGCCGGCUACAGUUUGGAUAUCGCAUGCCAUCUGGUAAGGAUAACCAGGUGACAAAUGUCUUGGGUAGGCAUAUGAGCGACGUAUUUGGAACAAAGGAGGUUCAGGAGUUUACUGGGACAGUUGCUAGUCUCAAAUUAUGUGUCGUUAUUGUCAAAGCAAAGACAUAUGACCUUGAGGAUUGGAGCAUGCAGUUUUGCUAUGGAGGAUACUCCAUGCGCAGGUUAGCGUUAUGGUUUUGGCUGAAUAGAUCGAGAUUGAGGGUAUUGGAUAUCAUACAGCUUUGAGCAGGAUGCACCUAUAUCGAAACCGAGUUUGUGUGUUGGACGAUAAGCUGUUAAGAAAAGGGAUCUUACAGCAAACACAUCACUCGUGUUACUCUAUCCAUCGGAAAUAUCAAGGAGUUCAAAGAUAUAAAGCGUUACUAUCAUUUGCCUAUUAUGAAAAAGAUUGUAGCUACAUUGCGUCUAUGUCAGAUGGUUAUGACAGAGGAUCAGUUAUCAAUCAUGUUAUUUUGAGCUUGCUUUUGCUGAAGUGGAAAAAGAAAUGAGACAUGGUGAUUAUGGAUAUCGUUAUUAGAUUUUUAAAUCACUGUAUGUGGAAAGGAUGCCACAUGGGUAAUCAUGGAUAGACUUACCGAGUCAAUCCAUCUCCUAAAUAAUUUAGAAGGCAGAGAGAGCUGAUCAGUUGGUGCAGAUUUUCAUCAACAUGAUUUUGAGGUUGCAUGAAGCUCUUGUCAUCAUUGUAUCGGAUUGGAAUUCAAAGUUCACCUCUACAUUUUGGAUUCAUUCAGAAGGCGUUUGGGAUAAGCGUUCACAGGAAUACAACUUAUUAUCAACAUACAAAUGGUCAGUAAGAGAGGAUUACUCAGAAUUUAAAGGAUAUAUUCAGAGAUUGCGUCUUCCAAUGGGAUGGAAGUUCAGAAAGCAUCGACCUCUAAUAGAGUUUGCCUAGAUCUACAGUUAUCAUUCAGCAUUGAGAGGGAACGUACGAGGCUGUUUAUGGUAGGCCUUAUCAUAUACCACUUUGUUGGACCAAAGUGGGGGAGCGACAUGAAUUAAAAUUAUUAAUGGUUCAAGAGACGGUAAAGCAAAUGGAUAUGCUCAAAGAUUGGCUUAAGAAAACCCAUAGCCGUCAGAGGAGUUAUGCAGCUAACCGCUGUAAGGAAUUGAAGCUACAUAUGGGCGAUGUAGUAAACCCGAAAAUGAGAAAAUUUCAGGGAGGAUCAAAGACUUAGAAGCUAAAGCAGCUUAAACCAUGGUACAUGGGAUUGUAUCCUUCGAAGGAGCGGAUUGGAGCAGUUGCUUGCAACUGAUUUAUCAGCAGUGUGUCAGAUUACUACAACGUGGUGAUUACUACAAUGUGGUUCAUGUGUCAGCAUUGAAAAAAGCUAAAGGAAAACCAGAGUUAUUUUGCAGCCGACGUCAAAUCACCGCAGGAAGAUUGUCCUCACCUUGUCAGCUAAUGUAGAAUUUGGAUCAUCAAGCGGAAGCAUUUCAGAGAUUGUCGACUGUGUUUGUCAGAAUUUGUUAAGAGUGAGAUGAAACCUGAGAAACCGAUCAUAUUGAUUAUUCAGAAGUUCGUUUCAAGGAUGUUGGAGAAUUAACGAACGACUCGAAUUCGGGGACGAAUUCCUUAUUAGUAGGGGAGAAUUGUAACGAUCCGAUCCCAGUCUCGGAACUUGUUAGCCAGCUAAAGUCCAAGCACUACCUAAGGACCCAAGAUAUUUGUCUAUAAAUACCUCAUCUUCAUUGUUUUCUCCUCCUCCAAGAGAAAAUAAAAAUCAGAAGUUAGAGAGAAGAAGAAGUGAGAGAGAGAGAGAGUAAGAUAAAGAAAGAUAGAAACCACUGCAUGUUGCCACCAGAGAUCGCCGGAGACAUCACACGUCAGGACAUCGUCAAGCUCGUGAUCACCAUCAACCGCAGCUUGGAAUCGCCGGAAACCGCCGCCUCUUAAGCUUUGUUUUCGUCCGUUCAGUAAAUCGGAUAUAUCUCCCUAACCGUUGAAAUUCUCGUGCAUGCAAGACCAUCAUCGUGUUCCUCUCAUCGAGACGAAUCUGUAGACACCGACCACGCCGCAAUCGGAGCUCAGACGAAGCUGUACGCGCCUCCAGAAGUUACGACGACCGAGCGCGUGGACUCAACGCGCCGCCACCGGAAAUCGUCUCCGCCGUUCUCCGCCGACCAACUUUCCGGUAAGACGCCGCCGCCCUCCGCCGUCGUGACCGACACCGGUGACUCGCCGGUGACUCGGUCAACUCGGCCGAGUCAACUCAGCGAGUCAACUCGGUUGACUCGGUAAACCGGUUGGUUGACUGGUUUGACCGGUUUAAAUUAAUUUCGGUUCGGUUAAAGUAAACCGGUCGGUUAUGUCAAAUCAAUUUCUGAUCAAGGGUUGACCGGAUUGACCUUUGACCAGCGAGUUGACUUUUUCGCAAACCUUGACCAAUUCCGUUUUUAACCGUUCGAAAGGCGUUCUGACUCAGAAUUUCGAUCUGAUUUCAGAUAUGGAGUCUAUUUGAGCAGCUGGAGUUCAUAGAUACCACGUCUUCUUGUUGCUAAGGUGAGGGCUUCUCCGUUUAAAUCCCGAACUAGUUUAGUACUACCAUUAUGGAAAGUUUAGUUUCGAAACAUGAUCCGUCUCUGUGAAUCGAGUCUGUUUGAGAGUCUUGCUUGUUCAUUAUUGAUAUUGAUUGUUAAACCGGAAAUAAAAUAAUAGAGGAUUCAACGGUUGAUUGAAAUGAUUGAUGUUAAGAACUGUUAAAUAUAUAUAUAUUUAUAUAUGCUAGUCCAUGUGUUGAUGAGAUUGCGGGGUGCAGAGGUGAUGGCACUAGGCCGCAUGUUUGAGAGAUCACGGGGUACGGAGAUAUCUGUACUAGGCCGUGUGUUUAGCGGGGUACAGAGACGUUUGUACUAGGCUGUUUUGUUUGAGAGAUCGCGGGGUACGGAGAUAUCUGUACUAGGCCGUGUGUUUAGCGGGGUACAGAGACGUUUGUACUAGGCCGCUUUGUUUGUGGAGAUUGCGGGGGUACAGAGUGGACUACUGUACUUACGACGCUUGUAGAGUCAUAUAUAAUUAUAUCCUUAUAAGGAAAUGCGGUAUGCUAUUAUCGCAUUGGUUGUAGCAUGUCUAGUCCACUAGACAUAUGUUGAUUGUUUUGUGUGGUGUAAUAGACGCCGUGUUUGUUUCAUGCUAGAGCUAGGCCUACAUUUUAGUAGUGCUAUGAACUCAGUCAGUGGUUUGCGGUUUAGCAUCCCCAUACCUCACUGGGCGAUUCCCCUGUCGCUCACCCCUCCUUCUUUCCCCUUUCAGGUGAGACCGAUGGGCAGGAGUGAUUAUACCGGACCGGUGCUUUUGGGCUUUUACUACUAUCGAGCUUUGGACUUCUAUUCCUUUUAUCGUUUUAUCGCUUUUGGGCCUUUGGGCUCCUAUCUAUCGUUUAUAUUAUCUCGUAUUUCGGACUUUCGGUUUAUGUCGUACUUUAUAUUUCGAAUGUUAUCGUUAUUGGGCCCUUAGGCCUUGUGAUAUUGUAUUGACUUUUAUAUUUAUAAAUGGAGAUUUCAUAAACUAUUA